UACAUUAUGAUAAAAGCGCGCUUCUCAAUGACAACGUGAGUGAGCGAUUAGUGUCUACAGCACCAUGAACUUUAUAGUGAACUUGUUAUUUUUAACCAAGUGCAGUUUUGUACUAUCAGCAACAAUAACCGAAUCUGAAGCAGAACCAAGGAUAGUUGGAGGGCAUGAGGCUAAACCAUACAGUCAUCCGUACUUGGUGUCGUUACAGUUAAGGUUUCUGUGGCUAAGAGCACAUAUAUGUGGUGGUAGUAUUCUGAAUGAAAACUGGGUCGUGACAGCAGCACAUUGCAUCCCUGACUCGUGGUUGACAAGUUGGAUGCCGAUGGAUGCUAUCGCUGGAACUCACGAUGUAUCUGACUAUGGAUUAAAAGCACAAAUCAGAACAGUCCGUUCAAGAAUCCCUCAUCCAAAUUAUGCUGGCGGCAUAGGUCCAUACGAUAUAGCUGUGCUAAAACUUGGAACGCCAUUUUACUUCACUAACGAAGUGCAGCCAAUAAGUCUCCCCAAAUAUUAUGAUGAAUUCGAGAAUAAGGCCAUGAAAUUAGUUGGAUGGGGAGCUCUUAGCACAACAGUAUUCAUACCAGAUUUGCCCAGCAGGUUGCAAGAAGUACAAGUGAAAUACCUUUCUUAUGACGCAUGUUAUGAUGCCAUUGAUAAAGUAAAGGAUGUAAAUGAAGGUAAUCCACUGGACCCCACAGCCCACAUAUGCACCGGACCUAUUUCUGGAGGCAUCGCUGCAUGCAACGGAGACUCUGGUGGACCACUAGUACAAAUGGUACCAAAACCAACAGAUUACGAAGGUACUGAGAACUAUGAUGAUAACUACAUAGAAAAUGAUGAGAAAUCCAAACCCAGCAAUAGAUUCAAUGCUAGUGAUUCUAAUGAAAUUCCCGAAAUUGUUGGAAUUGUUUCAUGGGGUCUCUCGCCAUGUGGAAUAAAAGGCGGUCCCACUGUUUACACAAGAGUUUCUGAAUAUCUAGAUUUUAUUCAUGAAUAUAUUGACCUCGCGUAGAAUUUGAAUGUACCCGUAUAAGUUGUAAAAAGAUAAGUUUGUUACGAUUAU